CCAUGCGCGAAGUGACAUCAAAAUCAACAACUACAAAACUACUGUUUUAACUUGCGAUUUGUGUUGAUGUUUGGCCAUAGACUAAGAUUUUUCGUUUAUUGACAUUUUGUGUGGCCUUGUUACCCGACGAUGUGUCUGAAGUAAAAAUAGCUGGGUGGUGAUGUAAUGUAGUCACAACGUGCAAAAGCCCAACAACCUACAUAUCCCAAAUUUCACAACUUCAUAUUGGAUGAGCAUGUCUGACCAAAUACCGGAAAGAGAGUUGAAUGAUUCAGAAAGCAAGUUUGAUCCACCGCUGUAUAUACAACGGUAUGAGCACGUAUGUGAUGUGAUACAAGGCUCGGAUGAUCACAAAGUCCUAAUGGUUGCAGAUUUCGGUUGUUCAAACUGCAAGAUGUUGAAAUACAUGAAGAAGAUUAAAGAUAUAAGGAAAUUGAUUGGAGUAGACAUAGACAGGAACAUACUGAAGCAGUACAGUUUCCGCAUUGAGCCGUCACUGUGGGAGCACGUCCAUGUGAGGUCUAGCCCUCUUACCACUCAGCUGUUCUGCGGCAGCAUUGCAGAGUUUGACAAACGGCUCGCUGAUGUAGAUGCAGUCACCAUGGUUGAAGUAAUAGAACAUUUACCACCAGAGAUGCUGUCAGCCUUUCCCGACAUUCUGUUUGGGCAACUUCAUCCUUACCUUGUUGUCAUAACAACACCCAACAGUGAAUACAAUGUUGUCUUCAAGGAUCUAGUAGGGAUGAGACAUUGGGAUCACAAGUUCGAAUGGACUAGGGAGGAGUUCGAAAAUUGGUGUGAUCGCAUAGCCAGCCAAUAUAACUAUUCUGUAAAGUUCAGUGGCGUAGGAGAUCCCCCGCCCACUAUGGAAUCGGUUGGCUUUUGCUCACAGAUUGGCGUGUUUACGUCUAAUGAUCAACUAGACAGAUCCAAUACAGAUAACAAUGCUACUAUGCCAUAUGAGUUGGUGGCAGAGGUUAAAUAUCCAUGGAAACCUGAACAAAGUAGAGAUGAGCAGCUACUAAAUGAAGUGCGCUAUUACAUCAGCUUUUUGAGUCGAAACCCCAUUGAUGGUGAAAGCGAGUCUAUUGGCAGCAACACUGAGAGUGAUGCACACAGUGUGGCCAGUUGUGAUAGCAAUACUAUUGUUGUUCACUUAGAAGAACUCUUGUCCUACUCCAAGAUCAACGUCCUGUGCAAUAGCAUAGAAGAGUUAAGGUGUUUCAUACUGGGUGCUAAGGAAUGGCAGCUCAACGACAGCGGAACUGCUAUUCUCUUGCCUUCAGAUUUCAAUGAGGAAUCUCCUGACACAGUUAGCAGUGAUACUAGUGAAUCCAGCUGACAUAUUAUUAGUCAACUGUGAUUCAUGCAGAUGUGUAUUAUAUUCUCAUAAUGUUCAUAAAGGCUCAGACUAUAUACCAUUUAAUUGUCAAGCAAUAAACAAUAUGGUUAUAUUGCGCUACCUCUACUAAGAAAUCUGUUUAGUUCAUAUUUCCAUAUUCAUGUUUCCUAUAAUUAUAUGUAAUUCAACAUUUAAUUUUGCAAAGUCAUGUGACUUGAAUCAGGAUUUUUUAUUCACUCUUGACUUGAAUGCUAAUAAUUUAAAUAAUGAACAUUGUAAUGCAUAUGACUGCUGAGAUGAUAAGGCAUGAUGAUUCGAUGAUUAUCAACUGUGAUAGCACUAACUUUUGAGAUAUACCAAAACUUAGCCUUAGCACUUUACAGUUGAAUGAGGAAAUAAAGACCUUAUGGCCAUAAACAUAAUCAUAAUUAUGGUCAUGAAUGUAAUGCUUUUAGAUUAUAUAGUUUGUGUUCAUUAGCAUUUGUGCUGCUUCAUAUCCUACACAAUCUAAAUGUUUUAUACAUUCGUGUGUGGAAACAGUAAUCGUCUAAUCGGUCGUGGGAUUGUAAUGUAUAUCACGAUUAGUGAAAAUAAAUCAGUAUUGUUAUUUUAUAUUUAUAA